AUGUCUGCUGUUCGACAACGUAAAAGUGAGGCACAGGAGUCGCUUGGCGACAGCUCGAAGAUGACGGCUUCCCUGGCCAAAGCUGAGGAUGCUGCUCACCAGGGCUACGACUUUGGAGGACCGUUUGGAGCUCUGGCAAUGAUGACGGGCUUCCCUCUGCUCAUGUGGUACCUGUACAUCUCGUCGACCUACUACGACGGUCUGUUUGCUUGGCCCGCCGCCAACCAGACCUGGUCCGAGUUUGGUCGCCAGCUGUGGCACUACUGGCUGGAGGGUUGCUACCCCACGUGGCAGGCCUGGGCCAUGCUAUGGAUCUUCCUUGGCAUCCAGGCCGUCUUCUACGUGACCCUCCCCGGCGUCUGGGGCCACGGUCUGCCCCUCGCCCACCUCGGAAACAAGGCUCUGCCCUACUACUGCAACGCUGUGUACUCCUUCUACACCUCCAUUGUGCUGGCCUUUGUGCUCCACGUCACCGGCCUGUUCCCCAUGUACACCCUGAUCGACCGAUUCGGCGAGGUCAUGUCCGUGGCCAUCAUCUCCGGUAUCGCCAUCUCCUUCGGCCUCUACUUCUGGACCAUCUACAUGGGCCACGAGCACCGAAUGUCCGGCAACUUCAUCUAUGACGUGUUCAUGGGCGCCAACCUCAACCCCCGAACCGGCAUCAUCGACUGGAAGAUGUUCUUCGAGGUGCGACUUCCUUGGUUCAUCCUCUUCUUCACCUCUCUGUCUGCCGCUGUCAAGCAGUACGAGACCUACGGCUACGUGACCCCUCAGGUCAUGUUCGUGCUGUACGCCCACUGGCUGUACGCCAACGCCUGCUCCAAGGGAGAGGAGCUCAUCAUCACCACCUGGGACAUGUUCUUUGAGAAGUUUGGCUUCAUGCUCAUUUUCUGGAACAUGGCCGGUGUCCCCUUCACCUACGCCCACUGCACCCUCUUCCUCAUUAACCACAAGCCUGAGGACUACGAGUGGUCCACUGCCUACAACGUGUUCCUGUUUGUGACCAUCACCGUGUCGUACUACUUCUUCGACAUUGCCAACUCGCAGAAGAACCGAUUCCGACAGCAGCGACUGGGCACCAUGAUCAAGCGAAACACCUUCCCCCAGCUGCCCUGGCAAACCAUCAAGAACCCUACUUUCAUCAAGUGCAAGAACGGUUCUACUCUUCUCACCUCCGGUGUCUACGGCUGGUGCCGAAAGCCUAACUACACCGCUGAUUUCAUCAUGUGCCUCACCUGGGCUCUCAUGUGCGGUGUUGCUUCUCCCCUGCCUUACUUCUACCCGGUCUUCUUCUUCCUGGUGCUCAUCCACCGAGCUUACCGAGACUUUGAGCGACUGGAGCGAAAGUACGGUGAGGACUACCAGGAGUUCAAGCGACAGGUCCCUUGGAUCUUCAUCCCUUAUGUUUUCUAA